AUGACCAGUCUUAGCACUCUUCCUCGGACGGCUCCUAUUGCUAUUGCUCCUAAACCCUUGCAGCUAUUUCCUAGUCGCCCGCAUAACCAGGACGCAUCUUUGAAUAGUAUGAACAGUAAUGAUUCGACAGACUCAGACUCAGCUGUAAGUGGAGGCGGAUCCCCUUGUGAAUCUUGUCUGAGAAGGCGAUUUAAGUGCGUCAUCGGGGACGACGAGGAGAGCUGCAUCUCUUGCCAAGUCCACGGAGUCCCAUGCUCUCUAAAUCAGAGCCCUCAGCCUCGUAAAAGAAAGUUAGCGCGUGACUCUACCGAAGAAAGUAACGGGAAGAGAGGGAGAAGGCGGCAACGUCAGGCCAGCUUGUCAAGUACAACUGCUAGCACUUCUUUAAUCGAGGAGAUGGCUAAUUUUGGUGGCCCGACUUUACUAAAGCGCUCUCUUGGUCUCCAAGAAGAUCGCUAUAGCCAAUACAUCGGUCCUACUACCGAUUUUGAGCCCUCUUUGAUCAACCUAUCUCCGUUCGACCCUCAAGAUGAGAGCUUACUUGCCCGGGGAACUCUCAGGAAAGUGAGCGAUAAUGAUACGUUCUUAAUGUUACCUGACAAUGCCACGCCUGGCCACGAGCAUCAGUAUGACGACACCGACGAGAUUCAACGGCUGGUGGCGCCCUACGGCCGCAAGUUAAUCGACCUCUAUUUCGAAGUCGUACAUCCGGCUUUUCCCAUUAUUCAAAAAUCCAUCUUCUACGAAAAAUACGAUCGAAACUACCGGGAGUUUUCGCCGGCGUUGUUGGCCGCUGUUUACAUCCUCGCUAUCAAUUGGUGGGACCACUCGGAGGAGCUUUCGAAAAACCAGCGACCCAAUGUGCGGGAACUUGAGAGAUUAAUACGGUCUUCUCUGGCCGAUGCCAUGUGGCGCCCGAAACUUUCCACCGUCCAGGCCGGGCUCUUGCUCUCACAGCGACCCGAGGGGGACCAAUGGGCCCCGACCGCCCAGAUCGUGGCGAUCGCCCAAGAGCUCGGCCUCCACCUAGAUUGCACGCAUUGGAAAAUUCCGCCUUGGGAGAAGGGUCUGAGGAAGAGACUUGCAUGGGCUCUGUACAUGCAAGAUAAGUGGGGAGCCCUUGUUCACGGACGGCCAUCACAUAUCUUUAGCUCCAACUGGGUCGUGCAACCUCUAGCACCGAACGACUUCUCUGAAGCCGAAUUAGACGACCAGGAUCCAGAGAAGAAGCUUGACAUUGAAAGAGGCCGGACGCUAUUCGUUCAGAUGAUCUACCUCACGCAAAUCCUGGCCGAGAUACUCGAAACAUUCUACACGCUCGAAGCCAUGCAGAACGUUAGCAAUGCCGGUCCACAAGGUACCCAUCUUGUUUUGGGUAUGGCAAAGCCUAUCCAGCUGAAGCUUAAAGAAUGGUACGCUGCGCUUCCGACCGCGAUCCGCAUGGACUCUUCUUUCCAGUCCGGCAGCGUCACGUCCACUCGUUUAUCAAGCAUCGGGUAUCUCCACCUGGCUUACUUCGCAACGGAAAUAACGCUGCAUCGUCGAAUUAUCCGGUCUCUCGAGACAGAAUCGCAGGCUGUCGACCCCUAUGUCCAGCACAUCUGCCGUAGUGCUGCGAAGGCCCGUCUGAUAUCCGCUAUGGAUUUUGUCAAUCGCCUGACACCUCAACAUCUCCGGUCCUUCUGGUUCUUUGCCUCAAAAACCAACUUCGCUUUGAUCGGUACCUUCGGGUCGCUUUUGUGGGCAACCUCGCCAGGUCGCGAAGAGGCCGACUGGUAUCGGCGCAGGCUCGGAGAGUACCGUUGGACAUUAAGUGUCAGUAGCAAGCCUGGCGAAUCCAAGGGCUUGACCGAAUUUGCCAUGGGUAUGCUUGACAUAUCGACCGGGCUGUUGAAGAAACUCCCUGAAAAACCGGAACUGAGCCGCAGCGGAAAUGCUAUUGAAUUUGAUCCUAGAAGACGACAGAGCGUUCUAUCCAUGGGUAUGGGUACUUCUGUCGGAGAGCUUUAUGGCGGGAUGGGCGGUGCAGACAUCAACAAUAUCCAAAGCCCUGAGAGCCCGAUAGAUAGUAGCGACGAAGACUAUGACACAUUCGCCCCAAUGGCUGGAAUGGCCUCUAUGGGCGACUGA